AGAUGCAAUCUGCUCAGAUGUUGUUACGAGUAAACGAGUAAACUACCAUCGCGAGAACUGUAAACUUACGCGUCGACGGAAUAGGAACAAAUUGUUCAUUAUCCAUUCUUAACGUGUCGUCGUAUCGCGUGCAUGACGAGAGAUUGGUGAUACCGACUUAAAAUACAAUUAAACAAUUGUAAAACCGCAGACUAAAAAUGCCUACGUCUAUACCUCAAACUAUAAGGAAAUCGUAUAUCACGAUGUAAACGAAUUGAGAAAAUAUUGAAUCACUGACGCCGACACAGGUUUUAAAGUUAUCGUACGCGACGCUUGUAACCUGUUUCACGUUUCAUCGCUUGUUUCAUCGAAGAUUAAUAUAACAAUUGAAGCAAGAUGAAGUUCGCAGAGCAUUUGUGUGCUCACAUCACGCCCGAGUGGCGUAAGCAGUAUAUCAGUUACGAGGAGAUGAAAGCGAUGCUGUACACAGCCGUGGAGGAAGCACCUUCUGCCGAGAGCGUCGAGCCAGAAGUGAUCCAACGACACUUCGCCUCGUUCGACGAAGUGUUUUUCACGUUCUGCGAUCGCGAAUUAAAAAAGAUCAAUACGUUCUACUCUGAAAAGUUAGCAGAAGCGACGCGUAAAUACGCUGCUCUUCAAAGCGAAUUGAAGAUAGCAUUAGAGUUGCAACACGGUGGUGGAAAAAAUAAAGGGAAAGCGAUCGUUAAGACUCACUUACCGACGAGAAAGCUAAGGGAAUUGAAACUAGCCUUCUCGGAAUUCUAUCUGUCUCUUAUACUCCUUCAAAAUUAUCAAAAUCUAAAUUACACCGGUUUUCGUAAAAUCCUUAAAAAGCACGACAAGUUACUGUCCGUAGACACCGGUUCGAAAUGGCGUAUGGAAUGCGUCGAAACGGCGCACUUUUAUACGUCGAAAGACAUAGACAACGUUAUACAGGACACGGAAACUACGGUGACGAACGAUUUAGAAGGCGGAGACAGGCAACGCGCCAUGAAACGCUUACGCGUUCCACCCUUAGGAGAACACCAAAGUCCUUGGACCACUUUCAAAGUUGGAUUGUUCUCCGGUAGCUUCAUCAUUCUGUUCGUAGCAGUCGUGCUCUCGGCAAUAUUUCACGGCGGCGGUGAAAACUUGAAGAUCGCAUUUAGAUUGUACCGCGGACCUCUACUCAUUAUACAAUUCUUAUUUCUCAUCGGCGUGAACGUCUACGGGUGGCGAUCGUCCGGCGUGAAUCACGUACUGAUAUUCGAGCUGGACCCACGAAACCAUUUGUCCGAACAACAUUUGAUGGAACUGGCCGCUGUACUUGGAGUCGUAUGGACUCUGAGCUUGUUGAGCUUCCUGUACAGUGCCAGCUUGAGCAUUCCGCCGUACGUAAACCCACUGGUUCUAGUCUGCAUCAUGCUGGCAUUUCUCCUGAACCCGUUAAAGAUGUUCCGUCACGAGGCACGAUUCUGGCUACUCAAAAUCAUGGGACGGGUCUUGGUAUCGCCAUUCGCGUAUGUGAACUUCGCAGACUUCUGGCUGGCGGACCAAUUGAACAGUAUGGCCACAGCGCUGCUGGAUUUCCACUUUUUGACCUGUUUUUAUAUUACCAAUGGAAACUGGUUAGAAGCCGGCGACACCACGCGAUGUAUGUCGGGAUCGUUGAUUAUUCGACCUAUCGUCAAUUGCCUGCCCGCGUGGUUCCGUUUCGCGCAAUGCAUUCGACGAUACCGCGACUCGAAAGAGGCGUUCCCGCACUUGGCCAACGCUGGCAAAUAUUCGACCACGUUCCUCGUUGUCAUAUCCAAUACUCUGUGCGUCUACCACGCCGUGGAGUACCAGACUCGAUGGGAAAAUCCUUGGCUGUGGCUCUGGGUGAUCAGUUGCUUCAUCAACUCGAUAUACUCGCUAACUUGGGACUUAAAAAUGGACUGGGGCCUCCUGGACAGUAAUGCGGGUGAAAACAGAUUCUUACGCGAGGAAGUCGUCUACUCGGCGGCGGGUUUCUACUACUUCGCUAUAAUCGAGGACCUCGUUCUGAGGUUCGCGUGGAUAGCCAGUUUCGUCUUGGUCGAAUAUGGACACGUGUCUGGUGACUUGAUGACCUCGAUAGUAGCACCCCUCGAGGUUUUUAGACGGUUCGUUUGGAAUUUCUUCCGGUUGGAGAACGAACACCUGAACAACUGCGGCAAGUUCCGCGCGGUACGCGACAUAUCAAUAGCGCCGAUAGAGAGUUCCGAUCAGACGCAGAUUUUACGGAUGAUGGAUGAGGAGAACGGCGUACUUAAUCGAGGUAAACGUAAAGUGGGUGGCAAACGACAAACGAACGCUAAAGAGGACAAACGAUCGUUACUGAAGGAUGAAACGAUCGAUAUAGAUGUAUCGAAUGCUAGUUGAAAUCAUUUUACCCAGUGGUAACGAUACAGGGCAAUAUUAUUUCGAGUCAUUUUUACAUCGGCUCGGAAGCGUUCGCGUGUACUCGAACCUCCAUUAUGAUCGAAGACUACACCGACCGACUAAUCGAAGUGCCUUGUGUACAUCGUCCUUUGCGUCUUCCAUUAGGAUAUUUCGGCACUCGAUUCAUGAUUUGACGAAUGCUAAUAAUCGUUUUACGAUACUUAUAAUUUGUAUUAGAUUCGAAUAUGAUUUAUGUGUCAAUGAUAAUCGCGCGCGCACUCGUUCAGUGUCGUAGUCUUCGACCGAAAUACGUGGAUUUGGUUCGUACUUGAAGUUCUUAUAAAGCGUGGCGUAGAGAAUGAAAACUGUACAUAACAGCGAGUUCUUACCUCUUAACGAUGGUGCAGCAAGCGAUGCGACGAGCAAUACGAACUAGUAUUAUAAUUUUAAGCAAAUAAAAUUCGCCGCCUCAGCAACGAACUAUUGUGAAUUAAACGGCGAAAAAUACUUUGCCCGUCCGAUUGUCACUUGCUUAUCCUCGUGAUGAGAAAACCCGAAGCAGUACAUUCCGAAAUGUAAUUAUAGAUAUGAAUUGCAGCUUGUAGCGUACGCGAGUGAGCAAGUAGAUCGCCGAUUCUAAACUAAACGCAAAGUACUUUGUGUUGUACAUAAUGUAGCAUUUUUAUAGUACGUUUACACACACUUGUACAUCCUGAAGAGUACUUUGAUAUAAUGUAGAUACAGCUUCUUAAUUUGUUGGAUACCAAUGUACGAAUAAAUAGAAUACUGAAACGUGAUUGAGAUAAAUCGUACUCUAUCUUCGUACGUUCAAUAUGGAAGUUCAGUUUAAAGAACUCUGUCGUUUUCGCGUUGAACUACGAUUACGCUGUUACCGUGUUCACCUUGCCAUUCCGAUGCUUGUGAUGGUUUUACACGUAUUUUUCUAUGUACUUCGUUAUAGAGGUAGUACGCGUCGAGUGACGUCAAUGAUCAAAAAUUCCUACCGACAAAACGGAAUGCCAGGUAUUUUUUAUAUUUCGUAUACAAUCGUGUACGUCGGAUAUGUUCCGUAAGAAUGUGCGAAGCACACGGUACGUGUGAUCAGCGCUCAAUUGGUAGCGAAUUAAUUAUGUACACAUACGUAACGUACUUACAUUUCGUUUAAUAAAAUUCGAUUAUUUAAAGACUA